AUGGUGUUCUGGGCGUACUCCACCCAUGGCAAGGGCAAGGAGUCCGGGAACAAAGCCCAGUUUGAUAACCACCACCCACACUACCAGAGGCACAGCUGGACACUGAUCCAGUGUUGUUGCUGCGCUGGAAGUCGACCAGGUACUGCAAUCGACCUCCCCUUUGAGUCCAGCAGCUCACGAAUAGCAUACACCAGGGUCCUGUUGACCUCCCCCAGAGGAGGCGGCGCAUCUGCAGAUGAAGCCUUGUCCAACGGACCAGGGACAACAGAAUCAAGAGAUAUCAUGACUUCAACCACACUGAGAGCCACAGAACAUCCUGGCUAUGACAAUGACAGCUUCACCACACGCCCAGUUAUGACUUCACACGCUUGCACAUAUGCAAUCUGUAUUUUCUAUGCAGUAGCAAAUGUGAUCAUUAUCAUCCUGGGUGUUACUGGAAAUGGUUUGGUGAUCUGGAUUACAGGAUUUAAGGUGAAGAAGACCGUCAACAGCACCUGGUACCUGAGUCUGGCCGUGUCCGACUUCCUGUUCUGCUCAUUCCUGCCCUUUAUUGUCGUCUUAGUGAUUAAAAAUGAGUGGAUCUUUGGGCUCUUCAUGUGCAAGGUCAAGGUUUUCAUUUUGUUCCUCAACUGGUUCUGCAGCGUCUUCCUCCUCGUCAUCAUCAGUGUGGACCGCUGCGUGGUUGUAAUGUUUCCUGUGUGGGCUCAGAACCAUCGCACUGUAAGAAAGGCCUCCUUGAUAGUCGUGCUAGCUUGGAUCAGCUCGGCAGCUCUCAUUAUGCCAGUGCUGAAUUUACCCAAUUACAUCGAGGAACAUUGUGUGUAUGUUUACACUAAUUCUCACCAACUUGUUGCAGAAACGACAUGCCUAUUAAUUUUUUUAUUCGUGAUCCCGUACCUGAUCAUUCUCAUCUGUUAUGUCAUCAUCAUGCGAAAGCUGAAGUCCAACCAGACGGCGAGGUCCAAAAAGCCGUUCAAGAUCAUGACUGUGUUAAUCAUUACUUUCUUGAUCUGCUGGUUGCCUUUUCACAUUUUUUCUAUGAUGAACUUAAACUACCAGAAAUAUGCAAGUUUUUUCUAUACUGCCUUUACAAUUGCUGUCACCUUGGCCAAUGCCAACAGCUGUCUGAACCCGUUUCUUUAUGCAUUCAUGGGGAAGGAUGUUAAGGAGCAAUGUUAUACGCUCUUGUCGAAAAUUGAGAAUGCAGUUGGGGAGGAAGGCCCAGACAAAGACCAAAGGACCACUACUACCACCUCUGGAUGGAGUAAUCUGUGCAGCUCCUGCAGUCGAUGGCACUUGGUGCGAGCCCACAUCACCUCAUUUUACAAGGUUUCUAAUGAAGUGGUGAUCCAAUACAUGGACCACGGCAGCUACGAUACAAGUGGCUCCUCCAUGUCCUCCAGGAGAAGAUCUGAGAGGAACUGCAGCCAACUGUGCUCUGGAAGAGAUGACAUGAGGGGUCACUCUGCUUGCGCAGGCGGUGCUGCUGAACCGCACUUUGGCAAAGUGAGGAUUUGCCACAUGGGUGGGCAGUUUCUGAUCCAUCUGACCCCAUCUCUUUCACCCUGA